AUGGAAAUGGCUGAUGCAAAAGAUAUCGAUGAUGGAGCUACAGUAGCAGGCGCCAUGGAUGAGUUACUUGAGAAGGAUAGUCAAUUGGAAGCACCAAUCACUGAAAUUGAGUUUAAGGAGAAUCUUUUGAUUGAAAAGAGCAGCGCUUUGGAAGCUGAACGAAUUUGGUCUGAGUCCCUGGCCAACGAACUGGCGGCUCUGCGCCUCCUGCAACAGACUAUUUUGAGCCAAGAGGCGCAGCCGGCUUUGCCUCCUCAACCUGCAGCCACGGUUUCCUUUUCCCAGGACAGGUCAGAGUCAGCAGCUUCCGAUUCUGCCGCGAAGGAGCCAACUCCGCGUCAAGUCCAGUCCACUCACCGCCCCCCUACCAAAUUCGCCACCUCGGGCUACUACGGCCAUCGCCAACCAACCUCCGCCUCGAGACACCACCGCUGCUGCUUCUUGGAGGGAACUUGUGACUCCGGAUCACACAGCAAGGACGCUGUUGACCUCGGACCAUAG